GAGGAAGCAAUGAGAAGUGGCGUUCUCUCUUCAAUCUCUUCUUCGUCCCAAUCUUCUGUCUUUUUCAAAUAUACUCACACCUCUCUCUCUCUCUCUAUAUAUAUAUAUAUAUAUAAUCCCUCCUUCCUCAGACAUUACUACACAGCUAAAGCCACAACCGUAAGCCUCUUCAAUCUAUCCAACCGGUUUGGUCAUUUCUGUUUCUUUUCCUAAAUCAGUGAGAUCGGUCGAUAAAGAUUUGGUUAGUGAUUGAAUGGUGAGAAAGCAAGAGGCGGAGACGAGGAAGGGAAUGCGUCUUGGGAAAUACGAGCUCGGGAGGACACUCGGCGAGGGUAAUUUCGGUAAAGUCAAAUUCGCUAAAGACACCGUCUCCGGUCAACCGGUAGCCGUUAAAAUAAUAGACAAGUCUCGUAUUGCCCAUCUCAACUUCUCAUUGCAGAUAAAAAGAGAGAUACGGACGCUGAAAAUGCUGAAACAUCCCAACAUUGUCAGAUUACAUGAGGUUUUGGCUAGCAAAACGAAGAUUUAUAUGGUCAUGGAAUGUGUUAUGGGAGGAGAAUUAUUCGACAGAAUUGUUUCCAAAGGAAAGUUAUCAGAAACCGAAGGAAGAAAAAUGUUUCAGCAACUCAUCGAUGGAAUCAGCUACUGUCACAGCAAAGGUGUUUUCCACAGGGAUCUCAAGCUAGAGAAUGUUCUUCUUGAUGCAAAAGGACAUAUCAAGAUCACUGAUUUUGGCCUCAGUGCUCUCCCUCAGCAUUUUAGGGAUGAUGGAUUGCUACAUACAACCUGUGGAAGUCCUAACUACGUUGCGCCUGAGGUGUUAGCCAACAAAGGCUAUGAUGGUGCAGCAUCUGAUAUAUGGUCGUGUGGUGUAAUCUUGAUCACAGUCACAGGUAUUAAAGCUAGUGAAUGGUUCAAGCAAGACUACACUCCUUCAGUUGAAGAUGAUGAUGAUGACGAAGAAGAAGUUGACGACACAGAUGAUGAUUCUUUGUCAAUCCAAGAACUCGGAUCUGAAGAAGGGAAGGGGAGUGAUUCACCGACUAUCAUUAAUGCGUUUCAGUUAAUCGGAAUGUCUUCCUUUCUUGACCUGUCUGGUUUCUUUGAACAAGAGGAUGUAUCAGAGAGGAGAAUAAGAUUCACUUCAAAUAUCUCAGCAAAAGAUUUACUGGAGAAAAUUGAAACCGCAGUUACAGAAAUGGGAUUCAGUGUACAAAAGAAACAUGCAAAGUUAAAAAUAAAGCAAGAAGAACCGAACCAGAAAGGACAAGUUGGUUUAUUAGUAACAGCUGAGGUUUUCGAGAUAAAGCCGUCACUGAACGUGGUUGAGCUGAGAAAAUCUUAUGGAGAUUCAUGUUUGUAUAGACAGUUGUACGAGAGACUAUUAAAAGACGUGGGCACUACCUCGCCGGACCAAGAGCUAGUAACAUCAUAG